UAGACGCGGCAUUUCAGAGGCACAAUAAACGGAGCUCGGCAUUGCAGAGGCAAAACCAAUCGAAAUAAACAGAGUUCACAUACUUGCUUUAGCCUUCCAGGGAGGAGAGAGAAAUCUAGAGAGAAAAAUCUCAAAAUUCACAGGGAGGCGGAGAUGGACGGCAGUGGAACACGACCGGCACCACCAGUUCAUCCGGCAGUCGGACCGCUGGCAUACUUGUUAGGUACUUGGAGAGGCCAAGGCGAGGGUGGUUUUCCUACCAUCGCCUCCUUCAAAUACGGCGAAGAGCUCCAAUUUUCUCAUCCCGGUAACAAGCCUGUGAUUGCAUAUUCUCAAAAAACAUGGAAAUUGGACUCCGGAGAGCCAAUGCACUCUGAAAGCGGUUAUUGGAGACCCAAACCCGACGGAACCAUUGAAGUUGUCAUUGCUCAGAGCACCGGUCUUAUUGAAGUUCAGAAGGGAACAUAUAAUGCAGAAGAGAAAGUGGUGAAGCUUCAGAGUGAACUUGUGGCCAAUGCUUCCAAGGUGAAAGAGAUAGCUCGAGUUUUUAAGCUAGUUAAUGGAGAACUUUCUUAUGUGGUUGAAAUGGCUACCCAUCUUACAAGUCUUCAACCACAUCUAAAAGCCCUGCUUAAGAAGCUCUGAUGGGCAAAGGAAGAAUGUUAAUCAGCAUCCCAUCUUACUCAUCUGCUGUGUGUUUGCUGCAGUUAUCAUUUCUCCACUUUCCAGUAAAUUUUGUUUCUCACCUUAAGAGACCAAAAACUUCCAUUUAAUCUUGUAGAUUUGCUUUAACAGUCAUCUGUAUCGUGAACUGAAAGAUAACACCAAUAAUAGUUGUUAGGAGUCUUAUGACAGCAGCCUACACGAAGAAUUUUUCUGUGCCAAAGCUUGUAUGUGAAAUAUUUAUGAAUGCUUUUUUGUUUGUUGA